AUACUACUUCUUCAUCUGGAGCGAAGCAUGCAUCUCAUAAAAAUUAGCAGCGAUUUAUCUGGAAAUGCCAAGACACAACUAUACAUUCCAAAGCUUGUGAAGAUUGGGAGAAAAAGCCGGCUGAAAAUGCCGCAGUAAUUAUUAAGCCCUACCAUCUUUCUAUCUUUAUAAAUGAAGGUGUUGUACAAAUGAGUGAAAGAAAAGGUUUUUGAUGUAGAAGCGAAAGGAAUCGGGUUAUGAACAGAUUCCUUUCACCCCGUAGGUGCAGGACUUUCUCUAGCGGGAAAGAUUUACUCAUUGAGUCGAAUAAGUAUUUAACUGAGCUGCUGAAAUCGGGUCGAAUUGAUGAUGCGAGGAAACUGUUCGGUGAAAUGCCUCAUAGAGAUGAGGUCACGUGGAACGCGAUGAUAGCUGGCUACGGGAAUUCAGGGAGGCUCGCUGAUGCACGGAAACUGUUUGAUGAAGCUCCCAGACGCGGUGCAAUCACGUGGUCAUCACUUGUUUCGGGUUAUUGCAAAAUGGGUUGUGAGGUCGAGAGUUUUAAGUUGAUAUACGAAAUGCAGAUCGAUGGAUUCAAGCCUCGUCAUUUUACUCUAGGAGGUGUGCUGAGGAUGUGUUCUAUAAAAGGUCUCAUCUCAAGGGGCAAGCAGAUUCAUGGUUAUGCGGUGAAGACUCGAUUGGAUAUGGAUCAUUUUGUUGUCACCGGCCUGAUUGAUGUUUAUGCGAAGUGUUUGUGCAUUGUGGAGGCCGAGGAUCUCUUCGAGAGCAUGCCUGGAGAUAGAAAUCACGUCACUUGGACUGCGAUGAUCACGGGGUAUUCUCAGAAUGGUGAUGCUGAUGGAGCAAUGCGGUGUUUUAGGGGAAUGAGGGCAGAGGGGGUUGAGGCUAACCAGUACACAUUCCCGGGAGUGUUAGUGGCGUGUGCAGCCGUUUCUGAUAUUAGAUACGGGGUGCAGGUGCAUUCUUGCGUUGUUCGUGGUGGUUUUGAGGCUAAUGUGUUUGUGCAGAGCGCCUUGAUUGAUAUGUACACGAAAUGUGGGGAUCUGAGUAGUGCUUGGAGGGUGGUGGAGGCGAUGGAGGUUGAUGAUUUGAUUUCUUGUAACGCCAUGAUUGUUGGAUGCGUGAGACAGGGUUGUCCCGAGCAAGCUUUGGCCUUGUUUCAGAUGAUGCAUCAAAAAAGCAUGAAACUUGAUGAGUUUACCUAUCCCUCUGUGUUAAACUCUGUUGCCUUGAUGAAGGAUGUGAAUACUGGGAAGAUUGUUCAUUCUUUGGUUGUGAAAUCUGGUUUUGAAGGUUCUAAGCUUGUGAGCAACGCGCUCAUUGAUAUGUAUGCUAAACAGAACAACUUCGAUCCUGCAUUAAGACUGUUUGAUGAAUUGGUGGAGAAGGAUGUGAUCUCAUGGACUUCCCUCAUCACUGGCUGUGCUCAUAACGGUCUAUACGAAGAUUCCCUUAAGUUGUUUUGUCGAAUGCGUAGAGAUGGGAUGGCCUCUGAUCGCGUUCUUGCUUCCACUGUCACGAGUUCUUGUGCUGAGUUGGCUUUGCUAGAUUUAGGGCAGCAAGCUCAUGCAAAUUGGGUGAAAUCUGGGCUUGAUGAUUCGCCUUCAGUUGACAACUCUCUCGUCUCAUUUUAUGCUCACUGUGGGUGUUCGGAAGAUGCAAAGAGGGUGUCCGACUCAAUGAGAACACGGAAUGUAGUUUCUUGGACUGCAUUGAUUGUUGGCUAUGCGCAAAAUGGCGAAGGGAUCAAGUCCCUCCAGCUCUACGACGAAAUGAGGGCUGCUGGCGUCGAGCCUGACUACAUCACUUUCAUAGGGUUGCUGUUUGCGUGCAGCCACGCGGGUCUGGCUGAACAGGGCCAACGCCACUUCGAGUCCAUGGUUAAGGAUCACGGGAUAAGGCCUGGCCACGAUCACUAUGCUUGCAUGAUCGAUCUUCUGGGAAGAUCAGGGAGAUUCGACGAAGCAGAGAAGCUGCUAAGUGAAAUGAAAUUGGAGCCCGAUUCAACUAUGUGGAAAUCUCUGCUUUCUGCCUGCAGAAAACAUGGAAAUCUUGAUCUUGCAAAGAGAGCGGCAGCAGCUCUGAUUGAAUUAGAACCUCAAGAUCCUGUGGCCUAUGUGUUGCUUUCAAACAUGUAUUCUGCAGCUGGGAAAUGGGAAGAAGCUGCUUCGACCCGUAGCUCGAUGAAAGUGAAGGGCGUGGUGAAAGAACCUGGCCGGAGCUGGGUGGAGAUGAAUGGCAGGGUGCACACCUUCACCUCCGAUGACCGGAACCAUCUAGAAGCAGGUGCGAUCUACUCGAAGGUCGAUGAGGUGUUGAUGUCGAUCAUGGCAGCUGGCUAUAUUCCCGACAUGAGCUUUGCACUUCACGACAUCAACGAGGAGGGAAAGACACACGGCCUCGCCUACCACAGCGAGAAGCUGGCACUGGCGUUCUGCCUCCUCAAGCUGACCGAUGGCGCGCCUGUUCGGAUUUACAAGAACGUCCGGGUCUGCGGUGACUGCCAUUCUGCGAUGAGGUUCGCGUCUCUGGUUUAUCGCCGGCAUAUUGUUCUUAGAGAUUCGAAUCGGUUUCAUCAUUUUAAAGGAGGGGUGUGCUCUUGCAAUGACUAUUGGUAGAGAUUUUUCUCCUCCUCUUCUUCUUCUUCGUUGUUGACGCCGAUGGACGUGACAGUUGACGCGAUGCUGCCGUUUGGAUUUGCGGGAGCACAUGGGUCUCAAGCCCCGGAGGGCAAUCUUGGAAAUUGACAAUAACAUCAAUUUUUUUUAAUAAUCUUUUAAUUUCCUGAUUUUAGCUGCUAAUUCUUUUUGUCUGUUAUUAAAUACUCCUCAGUCUCCGAUUAAGAGUCACACUUUGACCGGACACAAGUUUUAAGAAAUGUAAAGAAAAGUUUGUUGAAAAAAUUAGUGGAACGUGA